AUGCGACUCUGCUUGUUCUUUUUGGUUGUCUUCUUGAGACUUCACGCCACAGGCUCGUUCCCGGUACGUCUAUCUGGAGGCCCAAACCUCUGUGCAGGACGGGUGGAACUUUUCCACCAAGGCGAAUGGGGGACGGUGUGCGAUGAUGACUGGGACUUGAGGGACGUAGCGGUGGUGUGCCGGGAGCUAGACUGCGGGGAUGCCCUUUCAGCACCCCAUGGGGCCUGGUUUGGUGAAGGAGUCGGACCCAUCUGGCUGAACGAGGUGCGCUGCGCAGGCACCGAAUGGCAGCUGCACUCCUGUCGCCACCUCGGCUUUCGCAAGCACGUCUGUACCCAUGAAGAGGAUGCCAGUGCCAUCUGCUCAGAGCAACGCUUUCCUCCUUUCACGGCUUUCCCCACUCACACAACUUCCAGGAGGGGCAAAAUGGAAGCAGUACCGACGACGAGACCAUUGGCAUUUCCUACACCUGCUGAGGGAACCCCUGCCCUGCGUCUCGUGGGUGGCAGAAGCCACUGUUCCGGCCGGCUGGAGGUGUACCACGAGGGGCAGUGGGGGACGGUGUGUGAUGACAUGUGGGACCUUCUGGAUGUUGCCGUGGUCUGCCGGGAGCUGGACUGCGGGGAGGCUUUGGCGGCGCCAGGUGGUGCUUUCUUUGGUGAAGGGAACAGUGUCAUCUGGUUAGAUGAUGUGCAGUGCCAAGGAGAAGAGUCUGUGUUGGCGGAGUGUCAUACCAGCCCCUGGGGGACGAACAACUGCCGACACAGUGAAGACGCUGGAGCUGUGUGCUCAGGUGAGAUGCCCCUGGCCAUGGUGGAAGAGCGUGUGGCCAUGCUCACAAGGACCUUAGCACCCCUGAGACCCCGGUCUGCAGUCCCUAAAAGAAUUCCACGUCCUCAGCCUACAAGGGUCCAUGAACAACCUGCAGCUAGUGAAGCAUCACAUAUAGAUAACAACCAAAAUGAAGAUCUUUCAGAAGGGGAACUAAAUGGUCAGUGGCAGGUGCGGCUGGCAGGAGGCCCUGGAUCAUGUGCCGGUCGGGUGGAGGUUCUCUAUAAAGAUCACUGGGGCACGGUAUGUGAUGAUGGCUGGGAUCUGGUGGAUGCGGCAGUGGUGUGCCGUGAGCUGGGCUGCGGGGCCCCUCUUCUCAGCCCUGGUAAUGCACGAUAUGGGCCAGGAUCUGGACCUAUUUGGUUGGAUGACGUCAAUUGCACUGGCGCGGAGUUCACGCUACGGCGCUGUCGCUCCCAGCCCUGGGGGAAGCAUAACUGCAAUCACCAUGAGGAUGCAUCUGUCAUCUGCACAGGCAAGUGGAAGCGUCUGUCAUUGCCAAAACCAUCCAGUGAUCCGAAGAUAGCUGAAGCCACCACCACCACCACCACCACCACCACCACCACUACACAGGAUCCAAGGCCUGCAGACAAGCCAGGGCUGCAAAGCACCUUGGAUGUGGCUGAAACCACCACAGCCACUCAGGGUUUUCCAGCUGAAUGGGAGACGGAGUCACUCAGUCCGUGGUAUUCCGGUGCACCAUUGCAACCUACACAAAAUGCGGAUCUUGAAGCAGAAAAUGAGACAAAGCCAAUAAGCAUUUUGGACAGAGUUGGAACAACCCCGUAUCCAGAAAUCCUGCAGCAUGUCCAGGAGGUGAAGUCAACCAAUACCCCAAAGACAAGGUCAGCCACACACAAAUGGGAACAAGAGCCCACCCACCCCUCAGUUGAAUCUCAGCCAUCCUCAGCCAAGUGGGAUCUGGAAUCUGAAAGAGAAACUGAGCCAACAACCCCUGGGGACACAGACACACCAAUGCCUGAUCCAGAGAUCCUGCAGCAUGUACAGGAGAUGGUGUCAACCAGCCCCCCAAAGACAAAGCCAACCACACAAACAUGGGAACAAGAGCCCACCCACCCCUCAGUUGAGUCUCAGCCAUCCUCAGCCAUGUGGGAUCUGGAAUCUGAAAGAGAAACUGAGCCAACAACCCCUGGGGACACGGACACACCAAUGUCUAAUCCAGAGAUCCUGCAGCAUGUACAGGAGAUGGUGUCAACCAGCCCCCCAAAGACAAAGUCAACCACACACACAUGGGAACAAGAGUCCACCUACCCCUCUACUGAGUUUCAACUAUCCUCAGCUAUGCAGGACCUGAAGUUUGAGGGAGAAACUGAGCCAACAAGCCCAUCAGGCGCAGACCUGCCCAUGGUUGCACAAAGCCUAAAGCCUGCAACAGAGAUGUCUGAAAUACCCCCAGUCACAGAGUUGAUGUCUGAAAUACCACCGGUCACAGAGAAUGUGGAACCCUCCAAACCCUCAGCUGGAGCUCAGCCUACCACUGUUACAUGGGUUCUAGAACCUGAUAGAGAUAUGGAGGCAACCAAUCAUGCCGUACAGGAACUGUUCCUGUUGUCCAAGAACUUGGAGGCUACAAGAGAGAUGGAAUUGCCAACAGUUGAACAUGGUGUACUAUCAAUCAAUCACAUAGAAACUACUGACCCCCAAAUUCCAGAAUCUGAAGAGAACAUAGGUCAGAAGCAGCAAAAGGGAUCGAACACAGAUUCCCACUCCAUGGGGCCUAUAGUUGCACAGGACACCACCUUUGCUCUCGAUGACUUGAGCACCUUGGACGGAACAGAUGUUCACAAUGUGACUGAACUGCCCCCAAGUCCAGUGCCACACCUGGUUUCUACGGAUGGACAAUUUGAGAAUGAUUUGGCGAACUCAGGAGACACAGAAAGCGGAACAAUCUAUGCAGAUACCAUCGCCACACCAGGCUUGUCUGAAGCACCAAACAUAUCAUCUGCCGAACCUGCCACCCUCAUUGCUAGCCUUGGCAAACCAUCCUCAGGCUGCCCUCUGAAACAGGAGCCAAGGAAAGAAGACCAAGGUUGCUGCUGUUCACCACCUGCCCUGGGAAACUUGGCCCACGCAGUGGAAGGUCUCCAUGGGGAACUGGGCUCUCUUUCCACUGCCAUUCGGCAUCAGGGCUCCCAACUGGAGGCUGUUGCCCACAGUCUGGCUGAGCUGGCCGCUUCUGUGCACCAUCUGGUGAGGGUGCUGCCUGACCUGUUACAACCGGUCCCAGCCCAGACCUCAGCUCCAUGUAAGCAGGAUGAGGGCCAGUUGCAAAACCAGCUACCCUUGAAAUGAAAACGGAACUCCCUGUAAGGUAAAAGAAGUUGCCUCUUAGGCCAUAUAGGAUUGGAAGGGUCCAAAAGCUUGAACUCUGCCAUAAGAUGGGUUCGUCUCGCAAGAGCAACCCAUGCCAUCAUAUUCAACAUGUCAUAAGCAGAGAUCACCUGAAUUGCAGAAAGACAUUGUAGAAGAACUACAGCCCCGGGGCAACGGGUCUUUGGCUAAGCCCAGUCUAUUUACAAGCUAAAGAAGAUAAGUAGAAACAGAAGCUGAGAAUGGUAAAAUAGUUGGGAAAUCCUGCAUAUUCUACAGGAGGAUGCAUGAGGAUGAAUUACCUGGUAUUUGUAAGACAUUGGGUUUCUCAGGCUGCUCAUUUCAGUUCUUAUCAAACAUUUCUCCUUGCUUGGAGUGUCUAAAGGUGCCUUUGUUUUAACUAGUACAGGAACACCAGGUAGAAUGUUUGCAUAUCAUGUAUUUUAAGGAAUGCAAAAAUCAAAGAA